AUGACUGUGUGCAAGACUGAGGGAGCAGGAUGGGGCAAGGCUGAAGUGAAACCUUACGGUCCGCUCGAGAUCUCGCCGCGUGCUGGAGUCUUGAACUACGGGCAGGGAGUCUUCGAGGGCAUGAAGGCUCAGAGGACCGAGGACGGCAGGAUCGUCAUCUUCCGCCCUGACAAGAACGCGCGGCGCGUCCGCUAUGGCUGCGAGAGGUUAUGCAUGCCCCCUGUGCCCGAGGAUACCUUUGUCGAGAGCAUCAAGAGCUGUGUGCUGGCCAAUGCCAACUGGGUGCCGCCAUGCGGCAAGGGAUCGCUCUACAUCCGCCCCCUCAUCAUCGGGACUGGGCCCAUCCUUGGGCUUGCUCCCGCUCCCAGCUACACAUUCCUCGUGUACGUGUCCCCUGUGGGGUCGUACUUCAAGGGUAAUCAGCUCUCCCCCAUCAAGCUCAAGAUCGAGCACGCGUACUCCAGGGCUGCCAAGGGAGGAUCGGGAGGGAUCAAGGCCGUCGGGAACUACGCUGCCUCCCUCCUCCCUCAGACCAUCGCCAAGAAGGAAGGGUUUGACAAUGUGAUUUACUUGGAUGCGUCGGAGCAGAAGUAUCUCGAGGAGGUUGGCACCUCCAACAUCUUCGUCGUCAAGGGCAAGAAGAUCUACACUCCCGCCCUCAAGGGAGGAGGAGACCCCAUGGACACCAUCCUCGAGGGUGUCACUCGUGACAGCGUCAUCCAGGUUGCCAAGGACGCUGGUUACGAAGUCGUCGAGGAUAGGGUACCCUUCACCCUCCUUAAGGAGGCAGACGAGGCCUUCACCGUCGGAACCGCCGUUGUGGUUUCCCCCAUCGGCGCCGUCACUUACAAGGGUGAGACUUGGUCGUGGAAGUUCGAGGAGGGAGCUGGACCUGCGACCUCCAAGAUCUACUCCACCUUGACCGGCAUCCAGACCGGCAAAGUGCCUGACCCCUACGGCUGGACCGUCUACUUGGAUUGAGACGUUAGCUGAAGCUCCUUGUAUAAGAAAGAUUACGUGUGAAG